UUUCACUUGACGGACUGCAUGUUCUUCAUGCCCGUCAAAUUGUCCUUUAGAUACCCAGUCCAUGGAAAUUAAACAUAAAACAUUUACAUUUCUAUAGAUGAUCUAUAUUGCAAAAUGACAUCUAGAGGCACCCCGAGUCGGUUCCUACAAAGUGUUCUGCAAAACGGGGUGGGUCGAUAUGUCUGUCAACUGAAGCGCAUUUCCCUCAUCUUCUCCAAGAAUGGACAGAGCUCUCUGGGAGCCAGGUUAGUGUCAUAAAGCUAUCUAGCCUAUGGGCCAAUGUGGUUAGCUACCAUUUAUUAUCCAGUGUGCUUUCUAUGCCUGUGAUAUGUGGUUGUCCCACCUAGCUAUCUUAAGAUGAACGCAUUAACUGUAAGUCGCUCUGGAUAAGAGCAUCUGCUAAAUGACUAAAAAAUAAAUGAUUAUCAACUAAUCCUUUCUUAGGGAAUUCAUCGAAGAAGGAGUGGUGGAUUUUGCCAUAAAGAACCCUGGAACCGUUGUCUACGUUUCUCCUCAGUCCUGCAGGAUCCCUAAAAUUGUUGCAGAAUACUGUAAGUGUGAAUUACAUUAUGUUUUGAAUGGAGAAAUGUGUUGUUCAAGUCGAUGUAUUAAAUAUUGUUCCACCAUAUCAUAAUUCACUGCUACAGUAAUAUGAGCUCGUCACAUUUUUGUGGAUGCAUUAAACAAAAUUUACGGUAGGUGACGCUAGAGCCAAACCGUUGCUCAUGAUGUUCUCUGUCAGUGAGUAUGAUCCAGGAUCAUCGCGCAGUGAAAACCAAUGCCGUAGUGUAUAAUUUUGUAUUCAUUUUGACAUUACAUUGUUUGUGAUUAUUGCAGUUUGGAUAUUCACGUUAUGCAGAUCAUGUUUUAUCAAAACAUCUCGAGGAAUCGUUAAAUUCCCUUGUGUUUUCCUGCAGUAAACGGCAAUGUGAAGGAGGAAGCCAUCACAAGCAAGACGUCUCAACAGAUCGCAGAGCUAAUAACCAAACUGACCAACCAGUCUGGCCUAGAUAUCAUCCGUAUCCGCAAGCCCAUUCACACAGACAGCCCCAGCAUCCAGGGCCAAUGGCAUCCCUUCACCAACCGACCCCCGUCCAUUGGACCAAUCGGACCCCAGAAACAGCAGGCCAACGAAAGACUUUGUGAAACCUCAUAAUAUGGACAGUAUUUUUGUCUGUUGUUGUCCACUCUCCACAGAACUGGCCAGAGCAACUCCAUGGCAGAUAAGCUAUUGUGUUUCUGAAACACCUGAAUCACCAGAUAUCUGUUAUAGCAUAUCUGCCCAUCUCAUUUGAAUGAAUUUUGCACAGUUGUGUCAGAGGCUUGUCAACUGGUAUUAGUGGAGCGCAUACAGAACAGUUUGUGUGUCCAAACCAGUAUUUCAAACUGCUCACUGCAGCUGCGCUUUACGAAUAGAAUAAAGUGGUCAAUGUUUUUGACUCAAGUGACUAAUUUGUGCUCAUUUGGAAGGGGUAAUUUAAGAACCUGUGAGGCUGGAUAUUUAUGUGGAUGAUCAUUUGAACUGUUCAAGCGUUUGAAUCAGUCGACUGAAUUCUCUGUAAGAUAAAGCAAAAUAAUUACAAAUGACUGCGACAGACAAUCCAGACACAUUGUAGAGAUAUGUUUAUUUUUUAUGGUAUGUAGCAAAUGUACUCAUUUACAUCAACAGCAGUGUUUUAAGUUGCCAUUACUUACACCACAGUUCAGACAGAAUCUCAACUCUCACAACAAAAUGUCUGCCAAUCACCAAAACCAUCUGAACAGUGUGGAACGACCCAGAACCAUAUAUGGCUCUUGAACAUCUCUAUCAGCUGCCCAUCAUUAAGAGAACAGUGAGCAGUGAAUGUCACCAACGACUUUACUGUAAGCAUGUCUUGUAUGAACUCAGUGUUGACUGUCUGCCGAUAACAACAUAGCUUCAGAGUGGGUGGUGCUGUAAAAGAUGUGGUCAGAUAGGAUUUCUGGUUGAACUUGAUGGAUGGGUUACAGGCACGUCACAGGAAAGGAAAUAGUAUAAUCCAAAGGUUGAUUGUGUAAAAUGCGAAGGGUGCGUGAGUCAUGAGUGUGGAGGGGAAGAGGAAGUGCACCUGUGACUGCAGAGCGAUUAGUACUACGGUCAUGUGGUCAUGUGUUAGCAAUUUGUUUGGUGACCAAUGAGAAUGGCAUUAUGUUUUCCGGCUGUGUAGUCAGCAUUAUAGAUUCAUAGUUUCAACAACUCAAAUGUAAAAUUGUGCCGCCAUUCUGUUACGUUUUUUACGGUUACCUGUCAGAAUGUAGGGUGGAUUUAAAACAGGAGAUGCUGUUAACCUUAAUAGAAUCCACUUAACUUCAUACUAGCGAAGUUAUUUAUGUUGGGGAAAAUGAUAUAUAAUCAACAUAGUCUGUUAUUCUAAGAACAUCUACUGAACAGACUGCUGGUUUUUAUAUUGAUUGGAGUAGGGUUGCCACUAGUAUUAACAUAGCUAAUUAUUUAUCACACCGAUUACAGGCAGCAGAGACUGACCAAAGUAGAGUUCUCACAUCACAUUUUGUUUCCCCAAUGAGACCUGUCAGGGCUUGACCGACACUACGGGUGUAAAAGCUCUAAAUAAAGAUUGCUGUUGCUUAGUUACAGCCCAAGUCGCGGCACUCAGACUUGCCUUUUUUCCCCACCAGUCUUUCAGCCUGUGCUGUACCCCCGUACCCUGUCAUAAUCAUAUGUGUGAGUUACUCACUAUGAUAUUUUGAGCAGUCUGUGGAGAAUACAGGGUCGUGUUCAUUAGGUUCCAAAACCAAAUAAAACAUACUGAAAUAGGGAGGGAAAAAAGCACUCAGUUUCAACAUGUUUUGCAUAAUGCUGUACUGUACUGACUUCCCCCUUGGGCGUUGACACACAGGAUUAUUCCCAGUCGAUCUGACUUUGAUGCAAAAUAGUGUUUUUUAUCCUUUACGGGUAGUUGCACAAAACAGUGACAAUAACAUAUGAGAAAAAUAAAUAUGUGACAUUACUUUUGUCAUAAAUAUAAUCAUUUCUCCUCAAGUGCUCUGAUGCCCAAAUAAUUACACAUGACAUGGCCGACUACAGGGCUGAUAAAAUACUAAGUAGAUUGUGAAGUAGUAGUCAUAUCUACAUCGAACCAGAAAACAACACAUAACAUGGAUGUAACACAUUGAUGUAACACUUUACAAGGGUAUACUGAAUCUCCUUAUGUACAGAGCCAGAAAAGUCCUCGCAAGAGGUAUAAUGCAAAUGAAUCAUUUAGUCAUUGUUCACUCAAAUGUAUUCUGUAGGUGAUGUGGAGUUAAAGGCCCAGUGCAGUCAAAAAUGUGAUUUUCCUGUGUUUUAUAAA